CUCCCUUUUCUAACCGGUGCGGCCCUUUGCGCGGGGCUGGUAAUUCGCAGACGAUCCCUUGGCUUGACCGAGUUGGUUUGUUGUGGUGCCACGGUGUGCUUUUCCAGCCCGGCGAAGCAGACCGAGCUCCUCGCGAGAGGCGUAGCCGGCGGAGGUGCAGUUGGCCUGGAAAGGGCGCUGCCCGCAAAAAACAGAAAAAAAGAAAAAAAAGGGCCCGCUUAAAAGUAUCCCAUCGCGCAGGCAGCAUUUUGCAAGACGGUUCCCUCGGUAGCCGUGGUUGGAUGAUGGAGCGAAGCCCCGAGAUCUGAGCUGUGCACCUGCAGGUCAGAUGUGAAAUCUGAAGAUUUUGCUUCUCAUUCUGAUAACAGCAGCAACAAUCCUGUCCAGGCAAGGGACCUCAAGACAUUACUGCUGUUUAAAGGCAAGAGUCUGCUCCAACACCGAUUGUGGGAACUUUACUGAAGCCCAUUGAGCUAGAGAUAUCAAGGAAACCUUUUGCUAAUCAAGACCCAGGCAUCCCUCCUUCAUCCCCUGUUAUUCUCAAUAGCACGUGUUCAGGACUGACCCACUAAUCCUUGUCAGACUGACUACUAUACAAUGGCAAGCGUCGACCCUGGUGUCUGGAACCAAGCCUGAAUCGUGGGAUGACCCUUUGUUGGAUGAAAUGCCAUUAAAGCGAGCACAAAAGUUUCUGGGGAUGCUGAUUCCAAGGCCUGAAGUACUGCUAGUAAAGAGAAUCUCUCCUAAUCUCCACCUUCAAUGCUUCAGAUAUUGAUGGGGUAUUUUACACAGCAGAACUCCCUAAGAAACCACUGAUUUACAGAUGGACAACAUGAUCAUGACCACACCUUCAUCAGAAGAUACGAAUUCCGUCUCUCUGAAUGUUCUCACGUACCUGGAUAGUCUGACCAACAUUACAGAGGAGCAAUGCUUCAGCGCCCGUUCCCGCAGCACUGUCUUGCAAGGGCUGCCGUUUGGUGGUGUGCCCACAGUACUUGCUCUCAACUUCCUCCUUUGGAUGGUACUUCUCUUCAUCUUUUCCUGCCUUCGGAAAGCAGCUUGGGAUUAUGGGCGCCUCGCCUUGCUGAUGGAUAAUGACAGCCUGACAUCCCUCUUCUAUGGAGAACAAAGUGAAAAAGAGAAGUCCCCUUCUGAGAGCAGCCCCUUGGAUGCUGACAACAAAGAUGUGGGAUUCUGCUCCUGGCUUCUUUCAAUUUACCAGAUGAAAGAUGAAGAAAUUCAAAGCAAGUGUGGAAUUGAUGCCACAACCUACCUCUCUUUCCAGCGGCAUCUGCUGGUGCUGCUCUUGAUUGUCUGUGUGCUCUCUGUGGCUGUCAUCCUUCCCGUCAACUUCUCUGGUGAUCUCCUUGGAAAAAAUCCAGCUAAUUUUGGCCGAACCACAAUUGCAAAUGUUCCCAAAGAUGACCGUCUCUUGUGGCUGCAUAGUAUCUUUGCUCUCCUCUAUUUCAUCAUCACUGUUCUCUGCAUGACUCAUCAUUCCAUCCAAUUAGAGUAUAAGGAAAAUGAAAAGCUGGCCCGGACAUUGAUGGUUACCAAGAUUCCCAAAGAGAUCACAGAUACAUCUCUUGUUAUUAAACACUUCCAUGAGGCUUACCCAAGCUGCACAGUGACCGGUGUCCAGUUUUGCUCUGAUGUUCGCAGAUUGAUGAAGCUGGAUUCAGAGAGGCGCAAGGCAAUGAAAGGGAGGCUUUACUUCACAACCAAGGCUCAAAAGGAGGGGAAGAUUAUGAUCAAAAUCCAUCCUUGUGCUCGAAUUUUCUGCUGCCGUAUUUGUGGUUUUGAAGAGGUGGAUGCUGAGCAGUACUAUGGGGAGCUAGAGGAGAAAUUGACAGAUGAGUUUAAUGCUGAACGCAGCCGGAUUGCUCUCAAGCGUCUUGACAUGGCCUUCGUCACAUUCCAGGAUGAAAGAAUGACAGCCACUAUUUUGAAGGAUUACAGCCGCAGCCGCUGCCGCAAGCAUCCACAACAGUCAUCUGUUACUACAGUGGUGAAAUCCCAUUGCUGGAGUGUCAGCUAUGCCCCUGCGCCCAAUGACAUCAUCUGGGAGAAUUUAUCCAUUGGUGGUGCUUUGUGGUGGGUGAAAUUUAUCCUGCUCAACAUCUGCCUUUUCAUCCUCCUCUUCUUCCUCACUACUCCAGCCAUCAUCGUGAACACCAUGGACAUGUUCAACGUUACACGGCCUGUGGAGAGCCUCAAGAAUCCUAUUGUGACUCAGUUCUUCCCCACUCUACUGCUGUGGGCUUUUUCCGUGUUUCUGCCUUUCAUUGUGUACUACUCAGCUUUCUUCGAGUCACAUUGGACAAGGUCAAGUGAAAAUCAGAUCACAAUGCACAAGUGUUAUUUCUUUCUGGUAUUUAUGGUUAUCAUCUUGCCUUCACUUGGACUGACCAGUUUGGAUCUUUUCUUUCGCUGGCUAUUUGACACUCACUUUGUGGAUCAAGCAGAGAUAAAAUUUCAGUGUGUUUUUCUCCCCGAUAAUGGAGCUUUCUUUGUCAACUACGUCGUCACUUCCAGCCUGAUUGGGACAGCCAUGGAACUGUUGCGAAUCCCUGGGCUCAUUGUCUACGCCACGCGGCUCUGCUUUGCCAAAUCUGAACCUGAGCGGCUCCACAUCAAGCGGAAUCAAGCCUAUGAGUUCCAGUUUGGACUGGAGUAUGCCUGGACUUGCUGCAUAUUUGCUGUAGUGAUGACGUAUAGUAUCACCUGCCCCAUUAUUGUCCCCUUUGGUUUGCUGUACAUGCUACUGAAACACAUGGUUGACCGCUACAAUAUUUACUACGUCUACAUCCCGACCAGGCUGAACCACCGCAUCCAUUUGGCAGCAGUAAACCAGGUGGUGACAGCGCCCAUUCUCUGCAUGUUUUGGCUGCUCUUCUUCUCCAUUCUACGUCUAGGUUCUGUUCGUCCCAUUACCAUUUUCACCUGUGUGGUUCUUCUAUCCUGCAUUCCCUUUUCCUUCUUUGGUCUGUGCCUGAAGAAGUUUCAUCCAAGGAAACCUUCCAGCUAUCAGAUGUCAGAGCAAUCUGAUGGAGCUUUCAAUGAUACAGAAACAAGUAGCAUCUCUUCCACACCAAAUUCAAAUAUGUUUGUGGCCACUGUGCUUCAAGAGCCAGAAUUAAGCCUUACGCCAGCAGCUUCCCCAGCUCAUCAGUCUUAUGGCACAAUGGGCAGCCACCUGGACCAAGCAGAGAAUAUAGAGGAGGGUGACCUGCCAAGUUUUGAAGCAGAACUGGAAAACACAGAAGGCAAAUAUAGAACCGGACCCUUGCUGGACACCCAAACUCACUAUCAUUGAUUUUGUCCUGCCAAACCAAAGACAGAUGGACAGAAGUGUUGAAUCUUCAGAAUGCUGGAAAGAAGCAUCAUAACCCAAAAUCUAAAUUUCCCCGAGCUGCUAUAUCAGAUAGUUUGGGGAAAGAUCUGAAGUUGUAAUUUGGACCAGAACCAGUCAGGCAGAUGGAUGAUGGGCCUUUUUAAGUCCUGACAUCUCUGGUCAUGCUGUUAGAAUGGUGGAUAUAAAACAUUGAGAUGUUGAGCACAGAUACAGACGAUUGAGAUGUUCUGAAGAGGUAGUGUUCUUUCUAUCCUAUACACCAGCUGCUUGGCAGCAUGUUCUAUAUGUUACCUCUGUUCUGCUCCAGGUUGACAGACUGCCAUUGCUUGGCUCUUUCUGCAUCUUCUGGGUAAAUAAUCUGAAUUCACAGUGGUUCCAUAUGCUCUUCCCCCCUCUGCCAGUAUUUUGCUUUUUAAAAAGAAAUAUUUUGGCCAUAUGAAAAUAUUUCUCUAGCUUGAGCAAUUUUCUCACAGCAGCAAAAAGAAAGAAAGGACUAUUUUGAUUUGAUCAGUGCAAUGUCCAUAAUACCUGCGGUCCUUACUAUAAACCAUUAGUGAAAGGGAUAAAGACACAUGGAAUGUUGUGCAUCCUUGUUUAUACAUUCACGAUCACUGCAAGUCUCAGUAUAUUGCCAGCUGCAGAACCAACGGCCUAUAUUUCCUGAUAAUGCUUCUGCUGCAGUUCCUGCUUUUGUCCAAAUCCAUUGCCUCUAAGAAAGACUUCCCAUGCUAAUUUGGUUGAAGUGACGAGCCUAACUUGUCUUUGUUUUUUUAGGCCUGCAUUUGGCUGGUUGCUGGCUUGGCAAGCAGAAGAAUGCGAUGUUCCAAUUUUGUAUUAUUUUGGAUCAGAUGAGGUGGAAACUUCCCCAUUCCUGGCUCGACAACAGAUUUCAAUAUGGGAGAAGGGGAAAAAGGGUUUCUAGUGCUAAGAGGUAGAGCUAAGUGUAUAAAAAUCUGGCCCAGUUUCCUAUAAACCAGGGAUAGGAAAAGAUUUAUCAGACAACUUAAGGCAAGGUGAAAGGUUUAGCUUAUGUCAACCACAUACUUUUUCUUUAAUAGUGGAUUUAUUUGUACAGUUGAAGAAGAACCAGAUUUAAACACAAUUGUUUCCUAAUCACAUCUAGGGUGGCAUUAAGUUGAUAGUAGACACUGGAGUGAAAUGGCAGGCAGAGGUGAAAUCUCUGUCCUUAAAUAACACAUUGUCCUUUUUUGCACCAACAUUUUUGAGGUUGCCAGUCGCCAGCUGUCACAUGCCUAAAUUUGGCAAGUCCCAAAGAAGACAACCAAAUAACACAUAUGCUUUUCAGACUUGCUUUCUGUUUAAGACAUGUGCAUGGGAAUGAUUCAGUUUUGUUUCAAAGCCACCACUAUAAUACAACUCUUCUUCUAGUUAAACUGCCUCCCAACGUUAACCAGUUAGAUCGUGGUCAGGAAUUUGUGUACCUUUCCUCCAGCAGAGCUGUACUGUAAUCCCAGAAAGUAUCAUCGAAGGUGAGGGACACUGGAAGCUGGAGACACACAGGUCCUUCAAACUGCAUUAGGCAACUGUUUCUCACAGCAUCUUCCGCUAGUUCCUGGGUCUAAUGCAUUUGCACUUUCCUCUUGAACUGUGUUGUAAGAUCUACAAUGGAGCAGUCCACAAAUUUCUGAGAGAUGAGUAAUGCUAUUGAGGAAUAAGAGGGAGAGUUCAUAGGUGAUUUGCAGAAAAUCAUCACCCUCUUUUUUUUCACAGGAUUCUUAUGCUUUGAAUAAUUAUCAAUCCUGUAAGUAAUAAGCAAGUGAAAUGUUCCUAACUUAAUGGAUGUUAUAAAUGGAGAAAACACACUGCAUAGUACUAAAUUGCUCUGCUGAACAGGUUUUCCCUGAUAAAUGUUUUCCUGUUCUAUAAUAGUAAAUGAAACAAAAAGACAGAACACAGAAAUUUGACUAAAUGUGGAUUUCUCUUUCAAGUUUAAUAGAAAGCAGUCCUCAGGUCAGGAUGAAAUUUUCAGUUGGAAUAAGCAGACAAGUCCAUUUCUCUCCAAUGGAAGAGCCACCUGGAUUUUAUGUUCUUCAGCCAUUUCUGAGAUAGCAGAAUUCAAAAACUGAAGAAAUAUUGUCACUGAGAAAGAGAGCUCAGUAGACUAGUGAGCUCAGUAGAAGUUCAGAAAGGGGAAAAAAAUCAGAACAAGGACAUAGUAUCUGCCACGUAAUGUUCCUACUGCCUCCACAUGUGUAAAACAUUAGCAGAAAAAUGUAAUGUGCUAACGCUGGACUAAAAGGUGGCUGGUUUGUGUAUAGAACAGCAAUUCACCACAAACCAAAAUGUUCCUUUCUCUUGAGCUUCACCAAGGAUAUUCUUUGUCUCAGUAAAUAUCAGUGCAAUGGAGCAGAAUUUCCAGGAUCAUUUAACAUUACCGUGUUUGGAAGAAAUUCAUAACUCAUUGCUUUCUUUACCUUUAAGGAAACAGGGAUUAUACAGUGACAAAUAGAAGACAUAGUUUUGGGAUCUUGGAUCUCCACUAUGUCUAGUUGCUUUACUCAGGCUGGAUCAAUUCAAGAAUUCAAAAGAAUGCCUGAUUUGCAUAAUCCAAGGCUGGUUUAGGGCAGGGAGGGAAAAAAGCAUCCUAAACAUAAACCUUAUAAAUUAAACUUUCACCUAAAAAUACUCUUAAACAAGAGUAAUUUUGAAAGCACUGAGAAUUGCUGUUGAGUAUCUUCAGUGAUUGAUUCCAUUAUGGUACAAUCCUACACUUCAGAAUUGCCUGUAACUUUUGACAUUCCAGAGGCUAUUGGUCUAUAAUGGUCAUAAGUUUUCCAAAUGGGUCAUGCUGUCUAGACUAGUUGGGAAGUGGAAUUCAGCACCAUCCAAAAGCACACAUUAGUUGUCCCUACUUUACACAUUUAACUUGAGAUAAACAUUUAAAAAAAACACCAUUGGGUGUGCUGUUAAAUUGGCAAAGGCUAUAUUGUAUGGUAAGUGUAUUUUCACUUAUAAAUAAUUAUGCUACAUUUAGAGGGAGGGAAAUUGGACCUGAAGAGAACUGAAGAUUUAAAGAAGGAAGAUUUAAUUUUUCCCUUUCGGCCCUUUUCCCCAUUUAAAUAUGAUAGGCAUAAUACCAUAAUUGCUGUAGGCUGAGAGGAAGAAGACUGCUUCUCAUAAACUAAGAAACCUUAUUUGCAAGGAAUUGGCAGCUUCCUAUAGAUCUAUCAUAAGGACGUGUUACUUGAAUUUUACUUAUAUGCCCUACGUAGCUUGGGCACAAGUACAUUAAAAUCAGCCUUCCUUGACUUGGCAUUGUAACACGUUACCUGGGAGUUCAGCCCAUUCGUAUUUGGAAUAUAACUCAGUGGGGAAAAUCUACAAUAAAAAAUACAGAUGUGAGUAUUUUGUAGAGUAUCCAUCAACCCCCAAGUCUGAAUCUCAAUCCUUAUGCAUGCAGUGUUCAUGUCUCUUCUUGGCUUGCUGAAUUUUACCAAUGUUCUGCAUUUGUAGGGCUCACUGAACUAUAAACUAGUCAUAAAGACUGGGACUAAAAACAGCCCCCAUUUUCAGUCUCCUCCUUUGCGGACCCUCAAGUGUACUGGACUAAACCUCAAAGAAGCAGAAGACAUCAGUUCAACCUGCUGCUUCUGAACCCUCCAAAAUACAAUCCAUGCAGCAAUCUCUUGUAUCAAGUGAGUGCAUAGAAAUUUGAGCUCAUUGUAGAAGGCCCAUGAAUAAUCCCAUAUCUCUCAUUUAGACAUGCAAGGAAAUGGAGACAUUACUGCCCAUUUUUAGAAGCAGCAUAAGUGGCUGUAUAUUUUUAAAAUGUCCAGAUUAUUAAGGAGUUCAAAGUGUGUCUUGAAGCAAAAGAAGAAGAAAGGUUUAUAAUGGCAAGAUGAGGUGGGGGCAACAAACUUAAGACAGAGCAGAGAACAUGUGGAGAUGAAUUCUCUUAACUCUGGUACAAUUUCACACACCACAGUAAGGAAUUAUGCCAUACUGAUUAGUUUGCCCCAAUCGCUGAGGGCAUUACAAGCAAGACCAUCAAAUUAAGUGUUUCAGGAACCACUAAUACUGCUAUUCCAGAUACAAUUGCUACAGAACUCCAGAUUGCCUUAGCAGAAAGCUCAAAGACCUGUGUAUACAACUAUUGGUAUACAUUAAUCUUCCUUAUGCUGGAGUCUUUAAUAGGCCCAGCAUUAUUAUGCCCCGGGACUUCAAAUAGAUAUUGUUGAUAAUGGAAUGGAAUGAAAUGGAAUGGAAUGGAAUGGGAAUGGAAAGAAUAGAAUAGAAUAGAAUAGAAUAGAAUAGAAUAGAAUAGAAUAGAAUAGAAUAGAAUAGAACAGAACAGAACAGAACAGAACAGAACAGAACAGAGUUGGAAGGGACCUUGGAGGUCUUUUAGUCCAACUCCCGGUUUAAGCAGGAAAUCCUACAGCACUUCAGACAUGGUUAUCCAAUCUCUUAAAAACUUCCAGUGUUGGAGCAUUCACAACUUCUGGAGGCAAGUUGUUCCACUGAUCAGUUGUUCUGUCAGGAAAUUUCUCCUUAGUUCUAAAUUGCUUCUGUACUUGAUUAUUUUCCACCCAUUGCCACUUGUCCUGCCCUCAAAUGCUUUGGAGAAUAGCUUGUCUUCUUUGGGGUAGCCUAAAAAUCUACAUGGGUAAAUGGCCUAAAACUGAAUUCUAAAGUAAGGCUCCCUGCAUCAGACCGUUCUUAUGUGUAGAGCCAUUACGUAGGUAUGCCUAUGUUGCUGCUCUUGUUUGACUUCUACAUUUUCCACAUAUAGAAAUAUUAGCCUUCACUCCCUUGCAGAGAUGCACUGGAGAACUUACCAGGUCUGCAAACUAAGAUAGUACUUUCAUAAUGACAUUUUCCAGGAUGGAGAAGAAAGUUGUUUGUGCUUCUAUUUGACCAUGACAGGUUAAGAGUAGCAUAAAGUGACCCAAUGUAUCUCAGAAAUCCAUCCACACACAGGCCCUGCUUUUCUUUGAUCCACUACUGUGCCAUUUACUCCUGCUUCCAGAGAGGCCUUCCAGCAUGGUCACUUUCAUUUCCCAUGAAAUGAACUUUGCCUGUUCACAUGCUAAAGUAGCAAACAUCCAGUCAUCUCCUUUCUUAGUUGCUCUUAUUUCACAAAUGUCUGUGGAUUAAAAAAAAUGGUGUCUUCAGGAAAGAGAUCUCUUGUCAUUUCCUGGACCGACUUCCAUUGGAAUAUAGCAAGAGUUCUGGAUGCUGUUUAUAUUUACUGGUAUGACUGUGCCUUAAAUUACGUCACCCAUGGCCCUUGAACUACAUCUUUUAAUAUGAGUUGAGCAGUACAUUUUAUCAUGGAGUAAUACAUGAACAGAAACCCUUCUGAAGCUGUUUUCUUUGGAGAAUCUUAUUUUGCUUUAUUCGGUAGGAUACUGAAACAUCAAUGUAUCAAGUAUAAGAGCUCCAAUAGUUCUGCUUAGUUAACUCUUUAAAAAUCAAACUUCUGCUUCAAUGGAAAUUAUUGGAAAAUCACAGUCUAAUCCAUAAAUGAACUGUGGUAGAAGACACAUAAAAGCAGUAGUAGAACAAUCUACCGGUACAUCAGUUCUCUAUGGUACCUGGCUUUGUUAAAGGUUUUGCAUAACCAAUAGAACCUGGGGGUGGGGGAAUCAUCAUAAUCUUGCGGUGUAGAUAUUGUUGAUGUUGCACUGUUGCUGAAUUCUAGCCAGUGAUGAUGUCUAUCAAGCUAUUACAUUCUAUCUCCUUUUUUUCCUCACUUUCUAUUAAUCUUCCUGUGUAUGAUUUGAUAGGCACCAUGUAGAGUGCCAAGCUAGAAUAGGUCAAAGUUGGGUCAGGUACAAUACCCAUCAUACAAAAAAUUGAACAGUAUCUUUCAAGCAGGGGUGAAAUGCUCCCAGUUCGCACCGGCUCCCCCGAUUAGGUAGCGAUGGCAGCUGCUGGUUCGGAGGACCGGUAGCAAAAAUCCCUGGCCCCGCCCCCCUGCCUCUGCUGAGCCGCACCAUCAGCAGACGGGUUUUUUUUAACUUUUAAAAGUUUUUCUUCAGCUGAAACAUGCCUUGAAAAGUAAAAAAAAAAAACAACCCUCUGAUGAUCACGGGGCUGAGCAGAGAUCAUCAGAACACUUUAAAAGUUUUUUUUUUUAAAAACCCUUCAGCCAAAGGGGGGGGAAAAAAAGAAAAAAACCGGAGGUUUUAAAAGCCUCCUCUGGCGAUCCCAGAGGAGUUUCCUGAUUCUCACAGGUUUUUAAACUCACUUUUUAACAGCUCCCACUUACAAGAGCCCCCACCCAAGCCCAGCCAAUUCUCCCUCCUCACUUACCUAUAAUUACUGCUCUUUUGGGCUGGCAACUGCAUGUUUUCUUCAGCUACUGAAGGAAAAAAAAAGCUUGCUUUGACUUCCUGCUUUGCUGGCUGAGGAACUCUGGGAUUUGAAGUCCACAAUAAAAUAAAAUAAAAUAAUAAAAUAAAAUAUUUGUGCAGCUUUCUGAGAUUUGGGGUGUUUCUGUAGUGUUUCACUCUAACUACACAAACAUACAAAAUCUCAGAAAGCUGUAUAUGGCAUUUUGUGAAUGUGUGUGUGUGUGUGUGUGUGUGAGUUGUGUGUGUAUAAAGUGUGAAAGUUGGUUUUUGAGCUUUUUGUGGCUGUGUGAAGUGUGAAGUGUGAAGUGCAGCUGCUUUUACAUUGUGUGUGAGUCAGUUGUGUUGUGUGUGUGUAAAGUGUGAAAGUUGGUUUUUGAUACCUCUUAUUGUUUUUUAUACUUUGUUUAUUAUUUUUAUUAUUUAUUGUUAUUGGCCAUGCCCACUCAAUCACCUGACCACCAAGCCAUGCCCACCAAUUAUGCCAUGCCCACAGAACCGGUAGGGAAAAUUUUUAGAUUUCACCCCUGCUUUCAAGCCUAUCAUGAACCCAUGAUAUCUGAUCAUAAACAUUUCUCAUUUAUUGAUUUCACAGUAAAUUUCUAGCACCAACUUUGAUGGCAUCAUUUCAGCCCCAUCCUUUCCCACUUAAACUUCAUUGUAGGCGCAAUCUCCUUUCUCACAUGCAUACUAAAGAGGAGAAAGCCUUUAUACAACCAUUUUUCCUCAUUCAAUUAAUGAAUCAAGCUAGAAAUACUUCUACAAUGAACAGCUUUAUUAAAAUUUCAGGGCUGUCAAGAGAGUCUGAAAUUUCCUGAAAUGGUUCUGCUAAAUAAGGCAAAGGGUUAGGAAUUAGGAAGUUCUGUAUUUCUCAGAAAGCAGAGGUAGGAGGAAAAUUGCACAGAGAAAUUGUACAAAGGGAGGAGGGGAUAGAGUAAGUCUUGAGUAAUUCUUGCAUGCAACUGUAACCCCACCCUAGCAAUCUUACACAAUUCUGCCUUUAGCCAAAAUGUGCCCAGAAAGACAUGUAACCUUAGAAUAAAAUUUACAAUUUUUUGUUUUUUGUUUUAAGGUGUAUAUUGUAUGGUUUUAUUACUUGGCUGUACACCGCCCUGAGUCCUUCGGGAGAAGGGCGGUAUAAAAAUCUAAAUAAAACUAAAACUAAAAAACAAGGAAGAGCUACAAGGGGUUACCUACUUCACAUAACAGUCCCCAAUUCUCCCAUACAGUAUUCUUUCCUAGACUGUUUUGCUAUUCUAACACCAGUACAUAAUUGAAAUAAGCAGUAGGAAUAUAUUGCCAUCCCCAUUAACCUUUAUGAGAUUGAGGUCAAAUAUCUACUGCUUUAAAUCUUAUUUGAAUUCCCCAAGCAAUAUGGAACCUUGGGUAAACAUAUACUGUAUAUAAAUUCUAAAGUUGCUUGACUCCAAUAAGAGCAGAGACAUUCCCUAUUGGAAAAGGUAUUCUGUCACUAUUCCAAGGGAAGUGGACAAUUUAACUUUUUUCUCUGAAAAGCCAAGAGCUGGAGAUCGUGGGUUCAUUCAAAUGCUUCCUAGAAGUUAACCCAGCUGCAGAAGGGAUGGAAGUAGCAACAUCAUUAAUCUAUAUUGUUCUGAUUUUAAGACUCCUUAAGUCCUCUAAACUUAGUGAAGCUUAAAUUAUUAAGUACAACUUAUGCUAACCUAAUAAUGCGGUGAUUAUAACACCCAAUUACUUAACAAAGGAACAAUCAGAAUCCAAUUACACUAGAAGGGAGAUCUCUAAAGAAAGAAACAAAAGGCUGUAAAAAAUGAGGUGGGCGGUACAGUAAUUCUACCAAAACAAAUGGGAAAAAUCAGACAAUAGACCCUUGUGGACCCAUGAAACAAGCAUAAUUAAUGCAUCAAACAAGAUUUCCACUCUCUCAACAACUACACAUAAUGCCUGGGAGAAGCUCAAGCACAAUUCAAGGAGUUCUCUACCUCAGAUGGUAACUCGGAGAUGUGCCUGCAAAAGUGUAUUCCCAUUUAGAAGUCCUUACCUUUGCAACAAAGGUCUAGGAUAAAGCCUGAUGGAUAUUAGACUAUCUUCUCAAUUUAGUAAAAUGCUCUUCUGAAUAUUUAAAUUGCUGUACUAUAAAACCGGAAUCGCCAUUAAAACAAUCCUUUGCUUGCUUGAA